UAAUGCAGUCGGUUCCAAGUAAGCGUUAUAGAUAGACAAAAGAAAAAAUAUGAAUUUAUUAAUCUAUCUCUCUAUGAUAGUGGUUGUAGCAGUGCUAGCCGAGGACGCUAAUUAUCAAGCUUGUGUUGACAAAUAUUCAAGAAAAGGCUACCAGCCUUGGCAGGAAUGGUCUGAUCACUACACAUGCCAUCGAUACAGAUGCGAGAUACGCGACGGCAAAUAUUUCAUAGCAGCUGUAGGGUGUAGAAAACCGAAAAUACCUGAAAACGCUUUGGAAUGUCACGAAUACAUAGAAGACGAAAAUGUCGAGUUUCCAACAUGCUGUGCCCGACUGCGAUGCGUUGUAGAAGUAAAUGGAGAAAGAAUAGUGCAGACUCGCGGACAACCUGGUGAACUAUUCCCGGACAAACCGUGGAAAGGACAGCAGAACGACCCCAAUGCACCAGUAGUAGCAAUUCCUGGACUCCAACAAGCCUCUAACGUGGAACCACAGGUCCAGACCGCUGCAGGAAUGUACAACAACAGAGGCGCAGGCAAGCUAAUGGAUGGCAGCGAUAUGAGUAGUCGCCGAUAUGUUGAUCCGUAUCCAAACCAACAAAAUAUUCAAGAUUCACCGAGGAAGAAGCGUUCUAUGUCUUUACCUAAUAGGGAAUCAAAUUACGAAGAGUCCCGUACUUCUAACACGCCAGCUCCAAAAAUCCGUGGCUAUGCACCUGAAAAAUAUACUUCAUAUUUUAACAAUGCAAAAAAUAAGGCUUUCUACUUUUCGUAAGAUUUUAAAAUUAAUAUAAGUAAGUUUUUAUGAUAUGCAAUCAAA